GCAAUAUUCUCGGAUACAUUCUGAUCUUUUCCUCAGUAUGUAGGUCCAAGAUUGAGAAAAGAGACACAUGAAAAUUAUUAUUGUAUUUUGCAAACAAAAUUCUGUAUUUAGUUAAAAUUGUCCGAUAAUAUCCCAAAUUAUGACUCUUUGAGAAAUAUAAGAAAUAUGGCUUCAUCAAUGAAAAGUAAUAUAGCCCUGAGUCUAUCAUACACACGUGAUCCGGCAGCAAAGGUUCGAGAAUUGUGCAAUCAUGCGAGUCAAGUGGAAGCAGAACCUGCAGUUCCUGCUAGACGAUACCUUAGGUCUGGUCUUGAAAUGUUGAGAAUGGCAAAGGUGUACAAAGAUGAAGGAGAAUAUGAAAGUGCAUUCAUACUCUACAUGAAAUUUAUCACAUUAUUUGUAGAGAAGUUACCUAAGCACCCAGGAUACAAAGACGCACCUCAGAAUGAAGUUGCAAAUAUAAGACAGAAAGUAAAGCAAGUAUUCCCAGUAGCCGAGGAACUGAAAGGAAAGCUAACAGUACGAUAUACUGAGAUAGAAAACAAGAGACAGGAGGAAGAAAGAAAGAAAGCAGAGGAGAUUGCAAAAGAACAGGAAAAAUUCCGUUUGGAAGAAGAAAUACGCAGAAAGGAAGAGGAAGAACGUAGUAGGAAGUUAAGAGAGCAGUCAGAAGAAUUAUGGCUAAAAGAACAGGAAGAGAAAUUCCGUCAGCUUCAGGAACGGGAAAAAGAAAAGCAAAAGGACAAGGAUAGAAGGGAUCCAAAUAUUUUAAUUGAUGAUCUGGGAGAUAAUAGGCCAUCAUCGGGAUUGAAUAACGAGAAGGGAAGAGUGCCAUCUGGAAGCUUGAGUUUUGUACCAAAUGAUUUACGACAAGGUCAGAGACCAAAAUUAGAGAAGAAUUUGUCACAAGAUUACACACCACAUAUACAAGACAGACCAGAAAUUGAUAGAUCAACAAAACCACUAGUGGACCAAUUUGCUAGCACCACCAACUAUGGAGGAAAUAAAUAUGGUUUAAAAGAUGUAGUAGUUCCGAGAGAUAUUGUUAUAAAGUUUAUGAAUAUUGCAGAGCAGAAUACUAGGAAAAACGUUGAAACCUGUGGAAUUUUAUCUGGCAAGAUGGAACGUGGAGCGUUCUUUAUCACCCAUGUGCUGGUACCAAAACAGACAGGGACACCAGACAGUUGUAAUGCAGAAAAUGAGGAAGAUCUGUUUGAAUUUCAAGACAGCAAUGAUCUACUGUCUCUAGGAUGGAUACAUACACAUCCCACUCAGACAGCGUUUUUAUCGAGUGUAGAUCUUCAUACACAAUAUCCCUACCAGCAACUGAUGCCAGAGGCUAUUGCGAUAGUUGUCUCUCCAAAAUUUAAUGAAACGGGUGUUUUCAUGUUGACGCCAGACAUAGGUUUACCAGAAGUAGCUAAAUGUAGUAAAAGAGGGCACCAUGAACACACAAAACAUCCACCUGUAUUUGAGACAUGCUCCCAUGCAAGAUUUGUUGAUGAUAAAAAUAUAGUUUUAGUGGAUCUGAGGACCAAAUGAAUUGAACAAUUAUAAACAAAUGAUUCUGUAGAUUUCCUUGUCAGAUUAGAAGAGACUGUGAAUGUAAGGAGAGGGCAGUAACAAAGAAAUGUUUGAUAUAAAAUAUUGAUGACUUUACAAUUGUUAGAAAUUUUGGCUAUGAAUAUUAUAGUGUUUUUUUUUAUUGUAAUUUUAUAACAUUAAGUUGUUGUGUUUUUUUUUUUUGCAAGAUUCAAGUUUUAAAUUUUGAUGAUUGUUAAAAUAUAUUUUUACAAACCUGAUUUUGUUUUAAUUCGUUACAAUUUAAAAGAAAAGUAAUAUUAAUUUUCUUUCAUGUCAUGUAUAGUAUCUAUCAGUCUAAUAUACACAUUAUAUUUUCUCGGAAAUUUGGCAAUUUCUUUAUACAGUGACCUAGCAGUCUGACCAGUUACAAAUUCAUGACAUUUGCUGUAGAAAAAUUUUUCAAAUAUCUUUUAUAUUUUGAAAGAGGUUUUCUACAAUUAAAUCUUAAUAGUGUGUCAUAACAGCUGUUAGAAAUCGUAUAGUCUUUUAUAACAUGAAACAUUGAUAUAAUGAAGUUUGUUUUCAUGUUAACUAUAUGUAUCAACCAAUUCUAACUUUUUGCUCUCCUGCCAUGCAAAAUACUGGGAACUUUUAGAAACACCCUG